UAGAAUCACACACACACACACACACACACACACGCACACACGCACUCACGUACAUGUACACUAUAGCUAUAUACAUACACGACAAAAGCUGACCGGCACCGAGACAUUCAAAUGGUAAUUCAGCCCCGGUAUCUAAUAUGCACGCGCCAAGAGAGAGAUAGAGAGGGAGAGGGAGGCGUUAUACCCAUCCCUGAUGCAUCAGCUACUCGCUUCUCUGUGUGUGUGCAGAGGCACGCGCUUGCCACCGGGCACGUAUGCGUGUCACCGGCGACGACGACGACAACGACAACCCCCGCGUUCUCUCUCUCUCUCUCUCUCUCUCUCUCUCUCUCUCUCACUCGCCCGAGAAUCAAAGCAAAUAUUGGCAAUAUCAGCCCCUACUCCGUGUGGCGUAUACGCUGUUACGUCUCGCAGCAGAAGCUCGUGCCGAGAGGGAGAAUAAAGACGGCUAUGGGUUGGCGUUAUAAAUAGAGGGAUGAGAAGAAAAUAGGGUGAGAAAUUGGGAAUUAUAAAGACGCUGGAAAAUAAUUGAAACUCCAUCUCAGGCUUGUGCUGACUUUUUCAGCAAAAUCUUUAUUGGGACCUUGUGUGGUUUUCGCCGUUUACGAGAAAUUCUAGGAUGCAAAGUUGAAUGUACUUGUUAAUUUGUGUUAAGGUGCUUUGUGUAUGAAAGCCAAGUGGAAGGGAAAAAGUGACUUCUACGUCGAGCAAGAAACGAAAGCCAGUUGGCGAUAUUAUCGAAUAAAGGAUUGCUGUUGAGUAUAGCCGACUGACGAAAGUCAUGCUUUGCUUCAAUAUAUUGCUCGCCGCUAUGUACACGUAUAUAUUUCAAGGAAAGCUAUUCAUCGGUAUAAUGGAUUGAACGAGCUUAGUUUCUGUACUAAGGAUUUACCGAGAGUGAAAUGGAGACAGCUUGAUCCUGCCGAACAGUGCAGGUUCAAUCAUAACGAUAAACUGAUGGCACACGUCUUUUUUAAUAGCUCUGAUGCCUUCUUCCUGAAAAAUGUACAAAUAAAACUACAUCUUCAUUACACUUUAAUGACUCGAUCAUAAAGUCAAUCGAUACUAUAAAUUAAAUUUUUUCAAUAUCAAUAUAUCAAAACCGUCUAUCAUCGUUAAGUACUAAACAAACAAGCAACUUAUUACGAAUGCUAAUAUUUAAACUUUAGCCAAUUACAUCUGGGUGAAAUAUAGCUCGCACGACAAAAAACACCUAAGGAUGACACUUCGAAGACAUAACUCAUUCAAGCACAAACGACAUGACGGUAUAUUAAUAAUGGGAGCAGGCAUUUUUCCGCAGUCUCGCAUCGAACGCUGAGGCAAUUAAAAAUGAACCGAUUCUUGGAUAUCUUAUUUUGCGUCUCGAUCCUUCUGAUCGCAGAGACAGUAACAGCUCCAAUCUCAGAUGAAGAGGUAUUACCCCAGAUCAAGGUGACGCGAUACCAGAUAUGGUACGUCAAUUCGGAAUUGAUCAACAAGUUAUCGUACAGUAUUGCCAAGCAUAACGCCACAUUCAACGAUAUUUACACUGUACUCUCGGUAAACGCUGAUUUGUCAGAAGACAUUUACAUCGAGACGAACGUAUACGCCAGCGAUUCGGAACACAAUAACGGAAGACUCUUGCUGGCGGAGGACAUACCUGUUUGCAAGAAUCACAGCGACCAUCACCUCUUGCCACAAGGCAUAGUGGUACCUGAUUCCAAGCUCAACAGUCAAUGUAUGAAGAAGAAUGACACCAUAGUUGGAAUAAUAAACGAUUUCAGGUUCGAAGUGCUGAUACCCAAUAUCCACGAUAUCAGCGACUAUCACUACGUGAACAUGGCUUUGAGGACAAAGGAUGAUAUAGCCUGCAACAUCACUUUCUACUCCGAGUGGGGAUACCUGAACACCGACUAGAAUGUCUGGGCUUGUAUUGCGAUGGAUUAUAUGAAUAUGUAGUGCAAUGAAUGUAGACUACGUUGUUGUCGCAAAGCAAAUAAAUAUCAUAAACUGUAAA